UCUCUCUUUCUGCGUGCUUGUGACUGUGUGUAUGAGUCCAAAACUCCCAGGCAAUCCAAUCCGUUUCUCUCUCUAGUUCUCUGUUGAGACGGCCCCAUUUGAUCGGAGCCUCUCAUUCCCUGUGCCCAAUUACUGCGUAGUCGGUUCUCGUCCGGUUUGGUCUUGUCCGUACAAUGGAGCGGUACGGCCGGGCGAGCGACGAGUCGCAGUCCGAUCCGUCGCCGGAAUGGACUGGAACCGGAGGCGAAACAGGGCUUGAAGAAUCUAUGCGGCAAUUGGGAUUGGUUGGUGGGGAAUCGUAUCCACAACGGCCCUAUGAGGCAGAUUGUAUCCACUAUUUGAAGACAGGGUUUUGUGGCUAUGGCUCACGGUGUCGGUUCAAUCAUCCCCGUGACCGUGGCGCGGUUAUAGGAGCUUUGAGGACUGUUAUGGAGUAUCCAGAGCGAGUCGGCCAGCCUGUAUGUCAGUAUUAUAUGAGGACACGAUCUUGCAAAUAUGGUGCUUCAUGUAAGUACCACCAUCCUAGGCAGGAAGGAGGAGUUGCUCCUGUUCCACUUAAUUAUUAUGGAUACCCAAUGCGACCGGAUGAGAAAGAGUGUUCGUAUUAUGUGAAAACAGGACAAUGCAAGUUUGGCACAACUUGUAAGUUUCAUCACCCACAGCCUGCUGGUGUUCAAGUUCCUGCGCCAUUACCAGUUCCCCAAGCUUCAACUCUACCUGUACGAGUACCUUCACCAUUCUAUCCACAUAUGCAGCCUCCAUCUGGUCCUUCAUCACAACAAUAUGGUGUAAUGGUUGCAAGACCACCUCUGCUACCAGGGUCAUUAGUCCAAAAUCCUUACGGGCCUGUGGUCAUGUCCCCUGUCCCUUUUUCAGGCUGGAAUCCUUAUCAGGCUCAUACAAGCCCAGCAGUUCCUUCUAGUACUCCCUCUAAUGUUGGCUCAACGCACCUUUAUGGAAAUACCCAGCUACCUUCACCCGCACCUCCCUAUACUGCACUUUACCAGCCUUCGGGUUCCUCAUUUGGCCCCUUGAGCACCAGUCAGAGAGAACAGCAUUCAUUUCCAGAAAGACCUGGUCAACCAGAAUGUCAGCAUUACAUGAGAACAGGGGAGUGUAGAUUUGGUCCUUCCUGCAGAUAUCAUCAUCCACCUGAAUUGAUUAUACCAAAUGUGAAUGUGGUCCUUAGUCCUGUUGGUCUUCCUAUGCGCCCGGGCGCACCACCUUGCAUCCAUUAUGAGCAGCGAGGGGUAUGUAAGUUUGGUCCUGCAUGCAAGUUUGAUCAUCCUAUGGGAGCACUGACUUACAGUCCAUCUGCUUCUUCCCUUGUUAAUGUGCCUGUUGUAUCCAUUCCUGUGGGUUCAUCCAUCAGUACUCCUGCACGAUCAUCCUCGUCAUCAGAGCUGCGGCCUGAACUCAGCCCUGGUUCAAGCAUGGAGCAUGGAUCAUUCAGAAUAUCUUCAUCAAUGAGCACAUCCACUGGAUCAGCAGGCUUGGCUUUGUCAUCUGGUGGAACUGUUUCUCAGUCAAAUACUCAAACAUCCACCCAAAGUUCUGUUCCGGUAGUGACUUCCACGAUCACGACAACAAGCAGCACUGUUUCUCAUACCCCAAGCUAAGCAAUGUGAAUGCAUACCUUCAUUUUUACUCCUUUUUUUUAAUCCCAAUUCUUAAAGGGGACAUCAUUAUUCAAGGGAUUCCUCAGAUAGGUUUUGUUUUUCAGCUAUCCCUGUUCCACAGGUCUAGAACACAUCAGCACCUCUUGUCUCUUGGUUGAUAAUCUUAUAGUAUUUUUCAUGGCCAUCCAAUUGAUCUUGAAUAAACCAUGGCCAACCUUGAGAAUUUUAGUAGCAUCCCAUACAGGCCACCUUGCUUUCAAUCUUGAGGAACUGCAUCCACAACUCCAGUUGUCUGGAGUUUUUUGAGCUUAUUUAUGCUUCACUUGUCUUUGAUAUGAGGCUUCUGCCCACACUCUCUUUGAUUAUGUGUUUAUGUUUCUUCCCCAAAACCCUUCUUUCACUCUGGGAACCUUUUUCAUUUUCCAAUUCUUUUGGAAGUGGAAGGUUUUGUUCUUGUUCCCACGAUUCCAUCUCUUUUGUCUAGGGUUUAGGUGAAGAAAAAUAAUCAGGACUCAGGAGACUACAACGAGGCUUCACGUUGCUAUUUUAGACAGAUCCACAGUGAUGUGUUGAACAAUGACAUGCUUCAUUUGGGAUUUAAAUCAUUACCAAAUACAUAUAUAAGGGGGAAGUAAGAGAUUACACUAGAACCGACACUUUUGAAUCUGUAAUAAAUUUUGCUUUCUCCUU